AUGGCCAGAUUGAGGUUUACCUACCUGGUUCCUGUACUCACUUUCUAUUUUAUAAAUCUCGUGUCUUCAGACAAACUCGAUAUAAAUGAUAUAUACAAUUUAAAUAUUCAAAGAGUGGAAUAUUCUGAAAAUGGAAUGACUACGAUAAAAAUAUAUCCUACCAGCGAACAACCAAUUAGACAAGUUUAUGAUGGGCAAAAUUUAGUUUGGUCUGCUCUGUUAGGUGAGAGAGCUAAAGUUAUUACAGUUUUAAAAUUUAAAUAUUCUGGAGAAGUAAUUGUAAAAGUUGAUAUUGACUUUCCCGUAUCUAAAUCACAAAAGAUAUAUUGCAACAGAAAGGGUAAUUACCAAGAAAUUGAUCGAAAAACGUGUCAAGAAAAAAUUCAAAGUUUUAGUACUAUCCAAAAAUAUAAUCCCUCCAAGAUUUAUCAACCCAAAACUGAAGAGUAUCCCAUUCCGCAGAUGCGUAAAACACGCCAAAAGAGCAAGACAGAACGUUCAAAACACCUAAGAGGUAAGCAUAAGAGAAGAAAGUAUGUUACUCCUUUAAAUGAAGACACUGAAACAUCUUCAGAAACUGAAGAAAUUUUGAAGUUCAGAAUAAAUGAAGGGACAACCAGUUCAACAGAUCACCCAACAAGCCAGAGUACUGGUCAACCACCAGAUACAAUUACCCAUUCAGAUGGAUUACCAGUAAAUGUACAUCGUGAACGAAAAAUUAAAAAAUCCAAAAAGAAAGUAUCCAGCGUGUCAACACAAGUUUUCAGGGAAGAAUUAGAACCAGAAGUUUUCGAAUUGGAAAUAUCUUCAGACAGUGAUAUGGAUGUUGAUGAAUCUACAGAUCCUAAAGUUAUACAAUCUGAUGCGUCUACACAAACUGAUACUCAAUGUGCUAUUCAAACUAAAGCGGCUGAGACACAGACAGAUAGUCAACAAACUGAAGAUCCUGUUGUUCAGACAGGCACACCCAUUCCUUCAGCUCUUCCACUUAAGAAAAGACCCUACAAGCCCGAUUAA